AUGCUGGUCUCCUUAACCGUUGGAAAGGUCGAUGCUGGGGUCGCCGUCCUAUUGACCCAGGACAAUCGCCUCAUUGAAUUCCCCUCUGUCCUGCUCCCCAAUAAUAUAACCUCCGGCAGCAUCGUCGAUAUCACCGUAUCGCGAAACAAUGCUGCAGAAGCUGCCAACGCAGCUGCUUUCCAAAGCCUCCAAAAACGAAUCCUCAACACCUACGGCAUCAAGACCCCCUCCCCACCCAUCCUUCGUCUACGCAAUGCCACGCAAACCUCCCUUGUCCUCGAAUGGGAACCGAUCGACUUGGCCACCGCAUCCCUAAAGUCCAUGUUCAUAUAUCGCAAUGGAUCUAAAGCUGGGUCUAUUCCCAAACCCCUCGAGCAGCGCUGCACCAAGAUAAGUGGUCUGGCCAUUCACACCGAAUACACUUUCCACCUCGUUCUACGCACGACCGCGGGAACGUAUCAGUCGGAGAAGUUGACUUGCCGGACACACAAGAUGACAGAUCUGUCCGGUAUCACUGUCGUCACCGGCGUCCUUCAUCCCCAGCGCAAGGAGGCGCUCGCUGCGGCCCUCGACCGCAUUGGCGGAAAGCUCGUCGACUCAGUCCGACUCGAUACUACACACUUCGUCUGCUCUGAGGGCCGAGGUCCGCUUUGGGAAAAGGCGGUCCAAUUGAACAUUCCGGUCGUUGUACCCGAGUGGGUGGAUGCUUGCGAGGCAGAGGGCACGAUCGUCAGUGUCCGAGGAUACUACUUAAACGCAGAUCCCAAGGCUAGACAGCUCGGGCAUAUUUCUGGCUCGACACAGCACCAGCGGACCACAUCCUCAAUAACUUCACCUACGCGUCAAUCUCAAUCGCAGUCCUUGUCACUCCCGCCAACUCAAGAAAGGGAUCAGACUACCCCUGAGCCGCCCACAACACCGUUCCCUGGCGCAAAUAUGAGCGGCCAGCCAAAGGCGGAAGAUGACGAUAGAGUUUCUUCAGAGGAUGAGUCCUCCCCUCCCCUACCUCCACCAAAGGACGAAGAGCCUGAGGCUACGGAGUCGCCCGAGACGCCGCCAAAGGAUCAGCCCGAAACAAACGGAGAGUCAAAGUCAGAAGAGGUCGAUUCUCAGUCUGAGGAAGACCAAGAAGGAACGCAAGAUGUCAAAGCCGAAAGCCCGCAUGAGCCAAUCGAGGAACCGAAGGCCGACGGUUCAUCCAGCACUGAACUAGAUGAUAAGGACAAAGCAAAGGAGAACUCGGAAUCGGAUUUCAACGAAGUACCUCUUUAA